CUAUCCAUUCCUCUUCCAUUCCUUCUUGCUCUCCUUCUGCCUCUCUCUCUCUAGACCUUUCAAGGCUCAGCAAAAAUGGCUUCCACUCUUUCGGCUAUCACUCUGCGCACUCCUGCACUAACCUCUGCUUUUCCUACAUCCUCAUCUUCGACGUUUCCCCAACAAACAUCAGAUUUCCCUUCACGAAACUCCAAAUUGUCCCGGAAAGCCACAUUUCUACCACCAAUCAAUGCUGUGGCCUCAGAGAAGAUUGAAAAGAUAGGGACUGAACUCAAAAACCUGACCUUAGAAGAAGCUCGCGGACUUGUAGAUUGGUUACAAGAGGAACUUGGUGUUUCUGCAGCUGCAUUUGCUCCUGCUGCCGUCGCCGUAGCUCCUGGAGCUGGAGCUGAGGCACCAGCUGUUGUUGAGGAGAAAACUGAGUUUGAUGUGGUGAUUGACGAAGUUCCAAGUAGUGCAAGGAUUUCUACAAUCAAAGCUGUUAGAGCAUUAACAAGUUUGGCAUUGAAAGAAGCUAAGGAAUUGAUUGAAGGACUUCCUAAGAAAUUCAAAGAAGCCGUGUCAAAAGAAGAAGCUGACGAUGCUAAAAAACAGCUUGAAGAAGCCGGAGCUAAGGUUUCCAUUGUUUAGAAUGAAUAGUUGAGAUGUUGAGGUGAAUCUCACCUUGUCUUUUUUUUUGCUCAACAGAUUUUCUUUCUAUUUUUAUCCCCUCGUUAUCUUUUUUUUACAGAUUUAAUGUAUUUAGUUGUUGAUGUUAUAAUUCAUUUUGAGGUAGAAUUUCACAGUUCAGUCA